AUGACGCCGGGUCCAUUCAUCGCGCUGGCUGCAAUCUCCGCCGGGCCAAAAGCCGCGCCACCACGAGUCGCCAUCGGCAGCUCGGACUGCGCUAAUAGUACCCAGCAGCCUCUGCAGACUUGCUUCUCCCACGGAGGCAGCCGUCACCACCACUACAUUGAUAAACAUCCUUAG